AUGAAAAAUUCGUUUUCAAUUGAUACAAUAAUCGAUAUAAAUAAUAAUCAGCAACAUUCAUCGUCUGUAUCGAAACGUAGUUCAAUAGUGUCCACAGAAACAAAUCGUCAUAUAAAAUUCAAUGAUGAUUAUGAUGAAAAACAAGGAAAAAGACAAACUUUAACACAUAUCGAUUUUAUUCAUGCAUCUGAAAAUGAAAUUCUCCAACGAUAUUUAUUCUAUUUUGACCAAUAUUUACCGAAAUAUAUCAAUGAAUAUUUCACUAAUGAAAUCGAUAUUGAAAACUAUCAAUUAAGUAAUUCACGUAUGCAUCAUAAAGAUGAUGUUGAAUUAUAUCAUUUAAAACGAAUACAAAUGAUAUUUGAAAGUAUUGAAACGGCUGAAAAGUUUCCUACGGAUAGAGAUAUUAUUAUUAGUAUUGAUGCUUUUCAUAUUUAUAUUGAGAAUUUACUUAAAAAACAAUUUUUUAUUAACGAUUGUAAAACUGAACAGCAAUCGAAUAAAAAUGAAUUUUCAUCAAUGAUUGAUAUCAAUUAUAGUGAUCUAUUUACAAUGAUUUUAAUUUCAUUCAAUCACGUAUGCCAUUCUACGUUGAAUAGAAUUAAACCAUCAAAAAUGGCUGAAAUAUUAAUCAUUCUUUUUCACGAUAUUUUUUCCAAUAUGAAAGAUAAUUCAUCGAAAAAAACUUUAGCAUUGUUAAUUGAAAAUUAUCAUCGUAUUUCUGAUUCAACCCCAAAACAUAAACCUAUUUCAUCCUUAUCAACAAUAGAAAAUUUAACAAAUGAUUUCAGAGAUGAAACUUUAUUUUCGCUAGAUAAUUUUCUGAAAUCUAUUGAAAAAUCAACAAUAAAAUGUUCACAUAAUAUUGAAUUAUUUAAUUGUAAUUACAUUCCCGAUGAAACCAAAAAUUUACUUUUAAAAAUAUUCUCUACAUCAAAUUAUGAAAAAUAUUCGUUUGAAAAUCAUGAUGAUUGUAUACAAGUAUUUCUUAAUAUUUUACAAAAGCAGUUUUAA